GGUUACUGCGCUAGCAAGUUUGCCGUGGUUGGAUUCCAUGAAGCUCUGAGCCAUGAGCUGAAAGCCAAGAGAGUCAGUGGUGUGAAGACUACCCUCAUUUGUCCAUAUUUCACGGACACUGGCAUGUUCCAUGGCUGUAGAAUCAGGUAA